AUGCCCGAGCUCGCGCAAAGCCCUUCUUCCCAUCCCACCGUCUCUUCGAGCAGUAUCGUGGGGCCUUCGACCCAGCUCCCUCUCAGCACGAAUCUGCCGAAAUUUUCCAAAUCCACCAAAAACAACAAGCAGAAGCCGGGAAAGCCAACAAAGCUCACAAAAUCCACAAAGCCUACCAAGCCUACCAAGCCUACCAAUCCUGCAAAGGAAACCACGCCGUCGCCUGCUACGGACGACGUCGAGGGUGCAGAAAGCCAGGACGGCGAGUGGUAUGCCAUCAAGGACAUUGUUGAUGAGAAGCUUGAACGCGGCGUCCGUUAUUAUUUGAUUGACUGGUGCAACGACGCUGUCACCGGCAAGUCGUACGAGAAGUCUUGGAUUCCUGCACGCGACGCCAACAGCGAGGCUGUCCGCGACUGGAAACAGGUCAAAAAGGCACGCAACAUCCAAACUGCCGGCCAGUCUACGCUCAAGACCAAACCAAAGCCCAAGCCCAAGUCCAAGUCUACGGCAACGCAUGCACCCAAGUCUAGCAAGCCCAAGUCUUCGCCUGCAAAGUCUGUCCCGGUCGAAAUCUCCUCUCAGAGCUCGUACGCCAACACAAGCAGCGUUCUCACGUCCCAGGAGUCUCAGGCUCUCACGCCACCGUCUGGUAACGGUGGCAGCGACGUUCCCGAAAAGAGCAUCGGCAGGAGGCUGCAGCGCAAGCGUCCUGUCUCUCCUUCUGAGAAGGAAAUCGCGGGCGAGGACGCAACCCCACCGCCGCGCAAGAGACGCCUUGUACGGGGCAUUCGACUGGACACAAGCCGUGCUGUCGAGCCCAGCUUGACCGGCAACGAUCAGAGCCAAAGCCAAAGCCGGCGCCAGAGCCAGAGCCAGGGCCAAGGCCAAAGUGUUCUUUCUUCACCUCCUGCCACUCGUGAACAGAGCGUUGAUCACAACGAGGUGUCUCGCAACCCGGAGCGCCUUGACCCAGAUACUGUCCUCCGAACUGCAGCUACUGUCCAUUUGGUCGAUAUUACCACGCGUCCAGACUUUGACCCAAAGGAGUACAUCCGCCUGUCACAGCAAUCCCACCUCUCCCAGAUCUCCCGUCUCGCCCUGCAGAGGAACGGGUGGUUGCAGCCGCAGUCUGCCGUUGCUUUCCAGUUCUCGUCAGACGACCUCCCCAGUUUGUCACCCACCAGUGAGCAACUCUCUUCGGUCUACCAUUCCUCGCAGAAGUCCAACUCGCCGGACGAGGCAGAUUUUGAAGAAGAUUGCCCACAGUUACCCUCUGGGCUCACGAUUCCUGACUCCCAGGCUGAAGAAAACGGCACCCUUCGUACUGCCAUUGGUCCAGACGACGAGCUGCCACUAUUCGUCGACCAGUUCGAGGACAGCAGCCCCAUCCCCGACGAGGUUCCAACACCGAAAGUGUCCCAGGUUUCGCAGGAGUUACUGCAACAGGCUGCAAAAUCACAAUCUCCAUCUUUUAUCCCCUCGGUCCUCUCACAGCAGCCGGCCCCAAAUACCGACAGCACUGCCAGUGGUGAAGCACAGGUUGUUCCGUGUCCUCUCCCUACCCCGUCCCAGGAGAAUCAGCUGUUUCGGUCAUCUACCGACUGGGCAUCUGAAGAGCCCUCUACACCUGUUGAAGCCAGUGCUGAUAAGUCCACUACCAGUGGCACUGGGAGCGCGUCUCUCAAUUUCCUAACACAGCCUGAGGCCGAUUUCUGUCUCCUUACCCAGGAAAGCCAGCAGCCGGGCCAACCGAUCGGACAACAAAUUCCAGGCGGCACCAAAACCCCCCUUUCCUCCUCCGCAGCCGGCAGCAACAACUUUUCUGCUGUUUCUAUCAUUCACGACUCGACACGACCGAUUCGCGUUGCUAGUACGGUCCUAAGCGCUGCCCGCAACCCUUCGCAGACAACUGGCAGCUCCUUUUCGUCCAUCCCACGUCCCUCGUCGGCGCAGAUUAUACCGCCUCCCUACAGCAACAACCAAGGCCGCGAUCGUGUGUUUGACAGCCCGACCGAUCUCUCCAAUCCCCGCCCCAGCACUCCCUCCCAGCAAAUCUACAGAGCCCCAGAAGCGAUCAUGGACGAAUCGCCCCGGCAGCCCAUAUCGGCUGUCGACAAACUCCGGCAGGCAAUGCAGGCUCAGUUUGAUUCAACGGCCAACGACGAUGCUAUGGUUGACAGUAGUAUGACCGACGAGGAUGACCCGCUUGUCCUUGCUGAGAUCCAUCGUCUCGAAGAAGAAAUGGCGGCCGCCUCCUCCCAGCAGCAAGAGCAGCAGCCGCAUCAGCAGGCCUCCCAAGAAGAGAGCAUCACCAGUAGCUCAAGUAAUGUCUUACCUGUUUCAGUUCCAUUAACGACUACACCGGCAACCAGAGCAGACGCUGCGCUUGACGCCCCUGGCACCAUUGAUACUUCGCUGCCGCUUCUCAUCUCUCCCGCCGCCAUUAACAACGCACCCGAUAUCCACUCCGUCACGAUUGCACCCGGUGACCUCUCCUUUGUUGAUGCUGAUCCCAUGGCGACUUCUGGCCUCGAGCUGUCGCCUGAGCCCGAACCUGAGUACCCUCUGGUAGGUAUCGAAGGCAGCGGUAAUACGGUCAAUGCUGAUGUUGACGAUUUCGACGGGAAUGAUGGUGAUGACGCUGGAGAUGACGAUGAGGCCAAGAAGAAUGAGGCCGAAGCACCGUCCAGUCCUCUGUCCAUGGGGGGCGAUGAAGAUGAUCUCCCAUCCUUAUCGGGACCCAACUUCACCACCUCUAGCUAUGUUGUGACACUCCCUUUUGCUGCCAACACGCGCCAGUACUACGCCGAUCUUGUUAUCGAGAAAGAGAACCAGAAGGCUAUCAAGGACUUUAGUGAAGUCUUUUCCCGCGAUGUGUACGAGGUUCCAAGUGCCGAGGCCGUUGCCCGUAUUGAUGAGCUGCUGCGCAAGCUGAUGGACUUUUCUGAUCUGCCUACAUUCUACGACAGCCUCCCACCUAUGUCUAAAGAGGCCAUGAUGAAACAUGCCGUCGACACGAACAGCAAGUACUCCUUUGUCUACGAGUUUCUCGAAGCCAUCUCGACGCUCGAGAAGGACGUGUUAAUCCUCGUGCGUAAGGGUGUCGCUAUGGAUUACGUCGAGGCCAUCGUCAGUACUGCCGGCAUCUCAGUGGAACGCUUCCAAGCUGGCAGCCACACUCAUCCCCGCCCACUCAACCCAGGCAAGACCUCGACUGAAUCAGGCGACUCUGGACAGCAGGAGAGACGACGCCGUCGAAGUGGUUCGCUCAGUGUCUUGUUAGCCGACACGACCGAGAUGCGAGAGGCCAUAAACGCGACCAGAACCAACGACGACGAUUUCCCUCGGCCUGGUGACUUUGACAUUGUCAUUGGCUUUGAUCACACGGCACGGACAUCUGGCCUUCUUGGCUACUUCCUGGACGGCUCAACGGCGACGGCAGAAAACGUUGCCGCGCAGAACUAUGGCAAAGGCGCCCGCCGCCAGCUGCCAAAACCUAUUGUCAUGCUUCUAGUCAGCGCCUUGUCGCUGGAGCACGUCGACCUCCGUCUCGAACGCAACUCGGUUGAUGACAUGGAGCGUAAAAACGCCCUUCUUCUGUGCACGAUUGAGUGCCUGUCCCAUCUCAGAGAUAACCCAUACGACAUCAACCCGCCAAAACCCCACGAGGCAGCCACAGCAUUCGCCAAGAUGAUCGCGGACCCCACUGAUGUUCUAGCCUGGGGCCCGACACCGCUCCCGGAGGAGGUGUUUGAUAUUUAUAUACAUUCCUCGGGUGCCGUAUCACAGCCCACAUUUACGCAAGAAGAGACCCUUGACGGUGGCCUCCUCACAUCACGGAAACGGCAAUUAGUAAGCGACGACGGUGACGAUCAGGUCAGCGACACACCGAAGCGAGUGCGUCUGACUGAUGCCACGAAUCCCAUUGUUCGCGAAGUGCCGAUACAGUUCAACGAUGUCAUCAAGUAUGCCCUGGGCCGCCUUGAUGUGACGGCCGCCGACAGUAGCUCAACCGUUCAGAUAUCGCUAGCUCAGCUCGAAGCACUGGCUGCGAAGGUCACGCUCCUGGAGUCUCAAUUGGAAGAUAAAGAGGGCCUUGAGGCGACGUUGACGGAGCGUGUGCGCACGCUGGACCGUCUGGUCAAGAGCAACACCUCCACCAUUAUCAAUUGUCAGAAGAAGCUGAUUGAAUCCGUCAAGGAUCGUGGUAUCUUUGAAGCUGAGCGAGAUAAGGCCAUUAAGGAAGCCGACGCGGUCAAGGAAAAGCUGGAAGCUCGCACGGUGUCACUGGCCGAACUGCGUACCGAGACGACGGCGCUCGAGAACCACCUUUCUGAGGCAAACGCCCUUCUUGCUGGCUCCAGCCAGGUCGAUGUGGCUGAGCUAGGCGCUGCCCGCGUUGCGCUCAAGGAAGCCCAGGACAGGGUCACGAUACUCGAGCGCAAGUCGUCCAAUGCCGACAACGAUCUAUCCCACGCACGCCGUGCUUACCAGGACGCUUCCAACGCAGCCGCCGACUUAAGUGCCGAGAACCGCAACCUCAACGCCCGGAUAAAGGAGCUCGAACACCGUGCCAGCGACAACCUAGUCAAAAUCCAUGAGGCACAGAACCGCAACGAAUCUGAAGCGGCACGUCAACAGUGGGCCGAAGCCGUCACCAUGCUCGGUGAGCGCGAGCGCGAGCUCGAGUGGGCCCGCGAGGAACUGCGCGUUCUGAAGAACAGCCGCCGUGAGACGCGCCAACAGAGCGUUCCCCGCAGCCCUCGGCUGAGCGUCAUGAGCCCACGCACCGUGGGCCGCGGCAGCAGUGUCGGUGUUGGUGCCAAUGGUGGCGGCAGCAGCAGCGCCAGUGCCACACCCAUCCCGAACAUUGCUGGUGCGCCGGCAGUUGGCGCAGGGUUUGUCAUAUCGGCGAGAACUUCAGUCAGUCGCGGCAACAGCCCAGUGUCGGCCAACUUCGACCCGUCCGUUUAUAGCGGCAUGUUGUCGGGUGGCAACGGGGGAAACGGCGGCAACGGCGGCACAGGUGGCGGUCCUCCGCUGCCUGGCAUGACAUACCUCAACUCCAACCAAGGCGGUGGCCGUUGGGGCCAUUUGCGAGACUGA